AUGUCACCUACACAGGCCGAUGCUCCUUCCAGCAACACUGGUGAUGUGUCACCAGGCGGAAGUGGGAAUCCCGCGACCAACCCCAAGAUGAGGAAGAGGACCAAGACCGGUUGUCUAACCUGUCGAAAGCGACGCAUAAAGUGCGGAGAAGAGAGACCUACUUGUGCCAACUGCAUCAAGUCCAAACGUCAGUGCGAGGGGUACAACCAACGAGUUGUCUUCAAGCCUCCGAUUGGGGACUGGCCAAAUCAUCCAGGUGUGGUGAGCACACUGCAAUAUCACAACUCCAUGCUCCCGGGUUCGAGAGCAUCAUUUCGGGGCCAGCAACCCACCGCACACUCACAAGAUUCUGUAUUGUCGACUAUACAGCCACGACCGACACAAUACGACUUCUCAAACAUCGAAACUCAAGUUCCGGGACUUCAGCAGAUAGAUACGCAGACAGUGCUUGUGGGCGGGCCUCAGCCUUAUCCACAAGAUGCGAACUAUCAGCAACCACUCCAGUCUCCUCAUCAUCAGCAGGGACUUCACUCACCCCAUCACCAGCUUCCCACUCCUACGAGCGCUUCCUACUUUUCGUCACAGACGUCUCCCGUGCAUCCCAACAUGCCAGGGCAGUACGCUCAAGAGGGAGGCGCGGGCUUCGUGCCACCUUAUUCACAAGUCGACACAUCACCCAUUACAUCGUCAGAUCAGGGUGUGUAUCAACAGCCUCCAUCGUCGGCAGGUCUCUCGCAACCACAUCCCUACUACACCACUCACUCCGCCACUCCCUCACCGACAGGAGGAUACACGCAGUUCUCCGAUCCUCGGUCGAGUCUGAGUCAUAUCGACGAGCAAUCUUCAUAUCAGCAGCAACAGCCACCGCUGCAGAGUCCUAUCUAUUUCAGUCUAGGAGGCUCGUAUGCCCCGUCGCCGGCUUUGGCACAUGCAGUUUCGCAAUCUUCUUUCCAACCUGUUCAGAUACCCCAUCAUGAUGUUCAUUUUGAUGUAAAGUAUAUGCCUCAUAGCGCUCCAGUCCUUGGUAUGUCCCGACAUGAUGUCGCAUCUUCAGGGAUUGAACCUGCAAUGCUACUUUCGGGAUUCGGCGGCGACGAUCACGUCAGUCCGACCCAGGUCCUCUACGAAGCGGCCGUCGAGAACGAAGACGACGACUACUACGACGUACAGUCCGACGAAGAGAUGCUCGACAGGGAAGACAAGAGCGACGACGCCGUGAUGCUGAGUCAAGACUUCAGUCUCAUCCACCGCAUCCAGGGCGAGAGCACGAGCGACCUCACCGUCCGAAGCUACAACGCCUUCAUCUACGAAGGCAUCCUCACUACCUACCGAGCCGAAUACGUGGCAAACCCUCUCAAGAACCCAAAGACGGCGAGAGUGUUCGCCCACUUCAUUCACGUAACGGGACCGAGUUUGUCGAUCUACGAGCGAAACCCGCGGAAUCCCACGUCCAUCUUCGAAGGGCCUGUACCGCCAUCACAGCAGAGUCUUUGGACUUACACCCUACCGCUGAAGGCACUGAACAACCAGGGGCUACUCCAUGCCAUGCUCGCACUGGCAAGUCUGCACAUCGCGAAGCUUCAACGAGCUUCCGUGACGCCGUCAUACAAACACUACGCCUAUGCCUUGAAGCGACUGGGGAGAUCCCUCGGCAAUCCGAGAAGACGUCUUACGAUCCCUACAUUGGCUACAUCUAUGCUGUUGGCAUUCUACGAGGUCAUGACGGCCGAGCACGUGAAGUGGUCGACGCAUCUCGUCGGCGCCGCACAACUGAUCUCCGAACUUGACUUCCGUUCCCUUACCCGGGAGGCACGUCGCAUUCGAGCUGCACAGUUGGCCGAGGAGAGGCAGUUUCCGAACCAGAACCCGAAUAUGCUGAUUGACCAGCGGCAGUUCGAGCAGAAGCUACUCCAGGAGAGCACUAUGAUACCGGAUGCCGGGCUCGUCAGUACGAUUGUCGGGAAGGAGGUCAACUAUGACGAUUUCGGACGGGUAUUCGAAGAAGAUGCUGGUGUGGGAUAUGAUGGUACCAGGAGUCCUCCAUCCAGGCCUGAUCUUCGUAGUUACGAGACGAUGCAAGAUCUGUAUUGGUGGUAUGCCAGGCAUGAUAUGUUCCAAAGUAUCGUGAGCGGAAAUCCUUUGAUCAUGGAUUACCGCAAAUGGUCCGACUGUCCUCCACGAGCUCCUCUCGGUCGAGCUGAUGCACUCUACGGAUCCCACGACCACAUCAUCCUGCUCAUAGGCCGCAUCGCAGAUUUCACAGUCCGCGACCGAGCACGGAAACUCGCACAACAGACGGCGAACGGCGGACACUGGAUUCCCACGCCCGGUAUGCCUGGCAUGGGCAAGCCUCCGGGACAAGCUCAAGGACCGGGAGGACCGCCUCCUACGCCCACGACGCCAAUGGGUCCUCCACCACAUAUGCAAGGAAUGGCUCCAUCUCCUCCAGGCGGUCCUGGAUUCUACGGUAUGGCACCGUCCCGGCCCAACACCUCACUGCCAACCACCUACGCCAACCCAGAGCAAGCCUCGAACAGCAGCUCACCACGAACCCCCAAGAGCCCGAGCUCCCAAUUGCCAGACCUCCCAGCGGCCAUGGAAUCCGCAAUGGCAGAAUGGAACAGCAUAGCACAAGCCCACAACACCAUCGCCAUGAUCCUCACCAAAACGCCCGCCUUCCAACCCCUCCCCUCGGACCCUCUCCCCCUACCCCCAGACCCGCAAGGCAAAAACCGCGCCCCCUUCGGCCCGCCCCUCAUCCACCGAAGCUACGACAUCUCGAUCCUGUGGUCCCUCAUCAACCUCUCCCAGAUCCUCCUGCUUCGUGCCCACCCCACAAUGCCACCCGCCGCCAUGGUCGCCGCCAACGUCUGCGCGCCCGCGACCCAACCCUACGCCAUCCUCAUCGGCCGCAUCGCGUCGGGGAUGCAGAUGCCGACGUUCCCCGAGGCGUCCGUCACCCCGGCAUUGGGUGCCGCGCUCAUCGAGAUCACGAUGAGUUUGUUCUUUGCGGGCGUCCAGUACACGGACGCGUCGCAGCGGGAGUGGCUGAUCACGAGGCUGGUUGACAUCGAUAGGAGGACUGGGUGGGCGAGUGCGGGCGUCGUGGCGAGGGCGAUCGAGACGAGUUGGGAGAAGACGGGGGAGAUGGGACGCGGGCCGGCGUAUCCGAAUAGGAUUACGAGGGCUUUUGGGAUGGAUGAGGAGGAUAGCGAUGAGGAUGGUGAUGGGGAGGGGGAGAAUGCGCCGAGUAUGGAUGGGAAUGUUGGGGGUGAGGAGAGGAGGUUCGUGGUUAGACAUAGGGGAGGGGGAUUGGUACCGUGGGCGAUGAAUGUUUUGGCGACGGAUGAGGAUUUGAGGGUCGGCAUUGAUAGGAUGGGGAUUGGAGGGGAGAUCAACGCCGCCGGGACGAGUAGAGAGGCUGGGGGUUCGUAG